AUGGCACCGGCCGCCGAAAGGGUGGGACCUCAAUCUCCAUUGUUAUCAGAUACUGGCAAGGCAAUGAAGCUAAGAAAAACAGCGCAAUGGGCGAAGAGCAACUUACGGAAUCCACGAAAAAAGAAAAGACUAGCCAUCUACAUUUACAAGGUGUUGAAGCAAGUCCACCUGGACACUGCACUGGCGUCUCGUCAAAAGGUAAUGAGCAUCAUUAACAGCUUCGGAAACGACAAGACUGCCAUCCGCCUCCUGCUAAAGGGUGAGCUUUCCAAGAGCGCUAUCUCGGAGGGAACCAAAGUCGCCACCAAGCACACUACCUCCAAGUGA